UUUUCCUUUCGGUUCUGGAGGCGACAUCGGGGCCGGAGAUCGACACCGAGGUUGUCCCAACUGCGCCCGAGCCUCCGAACCGAACCGGGGGGACUCCCAGGACACCCCGAUGCCGUGGCCACCCCCGUCCACUCUGCCGGACACCCCCUUCCCCAGCCGGCCGCUGGCCGCGGUGGCCGCGGUGGCCGAGGCCCUGCUGACCCCCGGCUACUGGGCCCUGGACCGGCUGCUGGCGCUGCAGCCCACCACGGCGCAGCGGGCGCGCUGGCGGCGGCACCGGGCCGGGCGCUGCCUGGCCGUGGGCGCUCGGGCUCUGGCGGCGCCGGCGCUGGUUCUGGUGCUGCUGCUGGCGCUGCCGCCGGCGCUGCUGGGGCUUCUGCUGUGGCUCCCGGCGCAGGCCAAGCGCCGGCCCUUCGUCCACCAGCACGCGGCCACGGCGGCCACCGCCGAGCCCUGGGACCCGCGGCGACCCCGCGGCUUCACCUUCGUGACGGCCAACGUCUGCCUGCUGCCCAGCGGGCUGGCGCGCUUCAGCAACCUGGGUGACACGCGGCGGAGGGCAGAGGUCAUCGGGCGGCUGCUGGCCGACGGAGCGCCCGUGGAACCUUCCGGACACCGGCACGGGUUGCUGGAGACGCGGCGGGGCCGGGGCUACGGGGGCACCGCGGAGCGCGGGCACCCGGGUGGAGAUUCCGGGGGGGACGCGUGGAGGGUGGCCGGUCCGGCGGAGCCGGUGGACAGCACGAUGGUGUGGCCGGAGAUGCCGAUGGCCAGCCUACCACUGAUGGGCAACUCAACACUGAUGGACAACCCAACACUGAUGGUCAACUCAACACUGAUGGCCAACCCAACGCUGAUGGACAACCCAACACUGAUGGCCAACCCAACACUGAUGGACAACCCAACACUGAUGGCCAACCCAACACUGAUGGACAACCCAACACUGAUGGCCAACCCAACAAUGAUGGUCAACUCAACACCGAUGGCCAACCCAACACCGAUGGCCAACCCAACACUGAUGGGCAACUCAACACUGAUGGCCAACACAAUGCUGAUGGUCAACCCAACUCCAAUGACCAACUCAACGCUGAUGGCCAACCCAACGCUGAUGGUCAACCCAACUCCAAUGACCAACUCAACACUGAUGGCCACCCCAACACUGAUGGUCAACUCAACACUGAUGGCCAACCCAACACUGAUGGCCAACCCAACACUGAUGGACAACCCAACGCUGAUGGCCAACCCAACACUGAUGGUCAACCCAACUCCAAUGACCAACUCAACACUGAUGGCCAACCCAACGCCGAUGACCAACCCAACACUGAUGGCCAACUCAACACUGAUGGUCAACUCAACACCGAUGGCCAACCCAACACCGAUGACCAACCCUUGGCCAACCGUAGACUCGGUGCCAACGCCGAUGACCAACCCAACCCUGCGAGCUGCUCCAUCCCCGACGUCCAGCCCGGGGCCGGAGCGGCCGAUCCCGCUGGCAGACCCGAUGCCCCCGGUGCUGACCGCCCGCAUCCCGCCGGACGCCGACUUCGUGUGCCUGCAGGAGGUGUUCGACGGCAGCGCCGCCACCGCCCUGCGGCGCCAGCUCGGCCGCCGCUUCCCGCACGUGCUGUGGGGGGUGGGCCCGGGGGGGCUGCGCUGCGGCCGGCUGCGGGCGUUGGGCAGUGGGCUGCUCCUGGGCAGCCGCUUCCCGCUGCUGGCCGCCCGCUUCCACCCCUUCCCCAACGCCGCCCGCGAGGACGCGCUGGCCAACAAGGGGCUGCUGGUGGCACAGGUGCUGUUGGGGACGGGGCGGGGCCGGCGCGUUGUGGGGUACCUGGGCUGCACCCACCUGCAGGCGCCCGCGGCCGAUGCCACCAUCCGUGACGAGCAGCUGUCCCUGGUGCUCCGGUGGCUCCGGGAGUUCCGGCGGGACCAGGACCGGCCUGGGGACCUGGUGGCCUUCGAUGUCCUCUGCGGGGACCUCAACUUCGACAACUGCUCCCGGGGUGACACCCAGAACCAGCACCACGCCCUGUUCAAGGAGUUCUGGGACCCCGCGUGCCACGACUCGGGCCACGACCAGCCCUGGGCCAUCGGGACGCUGCUCAACUACCUCAGGAUCUACGAGGAGCCCGUGUCCACCCCCGAGGAGAUGAGGAGGACGCUGUCCCAGCCGUGGGGACGCGAGCAGUUCCUGGCGGGUCCCAUCCUGUCCUGCGGGGCCCUGGACCCGCUGGCCCCGCGGCCGUGGCAGGGCCGGAGAGUGGACAGAGUGCUGCUGCGGCGGGAGCCCGCGCUGAGCACCGAGGUCACCGGGCUCUCGGUCAUCACCCAGCUGGCCACACUGUCCGACCACCUGCCCGUGGCCCUGCGGCUGCGCCUGGGGCCCGCUGACCUCUGACCCCGGCUCGGACACGGGAUGGACACCGGGAUGGACACCGGGAUGGACACAGGGAUGGACAAUGGGAUGGACACUGGGAUGGACACUGGGAUGGACAGUGGGAUGGACAGUGGGAUGGACACUGGGAUGGACAAUGGGAUGGACAGUGGGAUGGACAGUGGGAUGGACAGUGGGAUGGACAGUGGGAUGGACAGUGGGAUGGACACAGGGAUGGACACGGGGAUGGACAUUGGGAUGGACAGAGGGCUGGACACUGGGAUGGACAGUGGGACGGACACUGGGAUGGACAAUGGGAUGGACAAUGGAAUGGACACUUGGAUGGACACUGAGGGGACACUGGGAUGGACAAUGGGAUGGACAAUGGGAUGGACACUGGGAUGGACACUGGGAUGGACAGAGGGAUGGACACUGGGAUGGACAGUGGGAUGGACAAUGGGAUGGACACUGGGAUGGACACCGGGAUGGACACUGGGAUGGACAAUGGGAUGGACACUGGGAUGGACAGUGGGAUGGACAAUGGGAUGGACACAGGGCUGGACACUGGACUGGACAAGGGACUGGACACGGGACUGGACACGGGACUGGACAAUGGACUGGACACAGGGCUGGACACAGGGCUGUACAUGGGACUGGACACAGCGAUGACCCUGAUGUGACCACAGCCACAGCUCCGGCCACAGCACUGGUCACAGCACUGGACACUGCUCUGGACACUGCUCUGGGCAUGGGCCUGACCAUGGCUCCGGACACAGCCCUGGACACUGCUCUGACCCCGAGGUGACCCCAGUGUGACCACGGCUUUGGUCACUGCUCUGGACACAGCAGUGGACACUGCUCUGACCCUGGUGUGACAAUGGCUCCGGACACAGCACUGGACACAGCACCGGUCACUGCUCUGACCCCAGGGUGACCCCAGUGUGACCAUUGCUCUGGACACAGUAGCGGUCACUGCUCUGACCCCAGCAUGACCCCAGUGUGACCAUGGCACCAGCCACAGCUCUGGUCUCUGCACUGGACACAGCACUGGACACUGCUCUGACCCCAGCGUGACCCCAGUGUGACCCCAGCGUGACCCCAGUGUGACCAUUGCUCUGGACACAGUAGCGGUCACUGCUCUGACUCCAGGGUGACCCCAGUGUGACCACGGCUUUGGUCACUGCUCUGGACACAGCAGUGGACACUGCUCUGACCCUGGUGUGACAAUGGCUCUGGACACAGCACUGGACACAGCACCGGUCAGUGCUCUGACCCCAGGGUGACCCCGGUGUGACCAUGGCUCCGGACACAGCUCUGGUCACUGCACUGGACACAGCACUGGCCACAGCACUGGUCACGGCAGUGGUCACUGCUCUGACCCCAUGGUGACCCCGGUGUGACCAUGGCUCUGGACACAGCACCGGUCACUGCUCUGACCCCAGCAUGACCCCAGUGUGACCAUGGCACCAGCCACAGCUCUGGUCUCUGCACUGGACACAGCACUGGACACUGCUCUGACCCCAGCGUGACCCCAGUGUGACCCCAGCGUGACCCCAGUGUGACCAUUGCUCUGGACACAGUAGCGGUCACUGCUCUGACUCCAGGGUGACCCCAGUGUGACCACGGCUCUGGACAGAGCUCUGGACACAGCACUGGUCACUGCUCUGACCCCGGUGUGACCCCGGUGUGACCCCAGGGUGACCACGGCUGCGGACACAGCUCUGGUCACUGCUCUGACCCCAUGGUGACCACGGCACUGGACACAGCACUGGUCUCUGCACUGGACACUGCUCUGGACACAGCACUGGUCACUGCUCUGACCCCAGGGUGACCCCAGUGUGACCCCAGUGUGACCACGGCUCUGGACACAGCUCCGGUCACUGCUCUGACCCCAGUGUGACCCCGGUGUGACCCCAUGGUGACCCCAUGGUGACCCCAGUGUGACCAUGGCUCCGGACACAGCACCGGUCACUGCUCUGACCCCGGUGUGACCCCAGCGUGACCCCAGUGUGACCAUGGCACUGGCCACAGCUCUGGUCACUGCUCUGACCCCAGGGUGACCCCGGUGUGACCCCAGUGUGACCCCAGUGUGACCCCAUGGUGACCCCGGUGUGACCCCAUGGUGACCCCGGUGUCACCAUGGCGCUGGACACAGCACUGGUCACUGCAGGGGCAGGAUCGGGGCAGUAUUGGUGCAGAAUUGGUGCAGAAUUGAUCCGGUAUUGAUCCGGUAUUGAUCUGGUAUUGAUCAGGUAUCAGUCCAUAAUUGAUCCAGUAUUGAUUCAGUAUUGGUGCAGUAUUGAUCUGGUAUUGAUCGGGUAUCAGUGCAUAAUUGAUCCAGUAUUGAUCUGAUAUUGGUGCAGUAUUGAUCUGGCAUUGAUCGGGUAUCAGUUCAGUAUUGAUCCAGCAUUGAUCAGGUAUCAGUCCAUAAUUGAUCCAGUAUUGAUCUGAUAUUGGUGCAGUAUUGAUCCGGCAUUGAUUGGGAAUCAGUCCAGGACGUACCCAGCAUUGAUCAGGUAUUGGUGCUGUAUUGAUCUGCUAUUGAUCUGACAUUGACUGGGAAUCAGUGCAGUAUUGAUCCAGCAUUGAUCCGCUAUUGGUGCUGUAUUGAUCUGGCAUUGAUCGGGUAUCAGUGCAGGAUGGAUCCAGCAUUGAUCUGGCAUUGGGGCAGUAUUGAUCUGCUAUUGAUCUGACAUUGAUUGGGUAUCAGUGCAGUAUUGAUCCAGCAUUGAUCUGGCAUUGGGGCAGUAUUGAUCUGACAUUGAUCUGACAUUGAUCAGGUAUCAGUGCAGGAUGGACCCAGCAUUGAUCCGGCAUUGGGGCAGUAUUGAUCUGUCAUUGAUCUGACAUUGAUUGGGUAUCAGUGCAGGAUGGACCCAGCAUUGAUCCGCUAUUGGUGCUGUAUUGAUCUGCUAUUGAUCAGGUAUCAGUGCAGGAUGGACCCAGCAUUGAUCAGGUAUUGGGGCAGUAUUGAUUUGCUAUUGAUCUGACAUUGAUUGGGAAUCAGUGCAGGAUGGAUCCAGCAUUGAUCCGCUAUUGGUGUUGUAUUGAUCUGACAUUGAUCUGACAUUGAUCAGGUAUCAGUGCAGUAUUGAUCCAGCAUUGAUCCGGUAUUGGGGCAGUAUUGAUCUGCUAUUGAUCUGACAUUGAUCAGGUAUCAGUGCAGGACGGACCCAGCAUUGAUCUGGUAUUGGGGCAGGAUCAGUGCAGUAUUAAUCUGACAUUGAUCGGGAAUCAGUGCAGGAUGGACCCAGCAUUGAUCCGCUAUUGGUGCUGUAUUGAUCUGACAUUGAUCUGACAUUGAUUGGGAAUCAGUGCAGGAUGGACCCAGCAUUGAUCCGCUAUUGGUGCUGUAUUGAUCUGACAUUGAUCUGACAUUGAUCAGGUAUCAGUGCAGGAUGGAUCCAGCAUUGAUCAGGUAUUGGUGCUGUAUUGAUCUGACAUUGAUCUGACAUUGAUCAGGUAUCAGUGCAGUAUUGAUCCAGCAUUGAUCCGCUAUUGGUGCUGUAUUGAUCUGCUAUUGAUCUGACAUUGAUUGGGAAUCAGUGCAGUAUUGAUCCAGCAUUGAUCCGGCAUUGGGGCAGUAUUGAUCUGCUAUUGAUCUGACAUUGAUGAGGAAUCACUCCAGCAUGGAUCGGGCAUUAAUCUGGCAUUGAUCCAGCAUCGAUCCGUAUUGAUUGGGCACCGGCCCGGCAUUGAUUGGGCACGGCUCUGGCAUCAGCCGGGCUUUGCUCCGGUGCUCUGCUGUCGGGAUGGAGCUCAGGAAGGAAUUCUGGAAA